GUACAGAGAUUACAGGUCGCAUUGUGUAGCAGCCAUGACAACAGCAAUGUGUUGCCAGUCAGUGUUGGUGUAAGAGUAGAGAUUGGAAAUGUGAUAGCAUUGCCACUUCUGCAUGUUCCCUGAAGACAAACAGGAUUGGCCUAUCUGAUUAUUUUCUGUGUACCACAAUGGAAUAUCCCCUGCAGAGACAUGUGCAAGGCACGUCUUCUCAAAGGCUUCUGGGAUACAGAUUACCACCAGACCAUUUUUAUAUAAAAAGUUCUUUGGGUUUAACUGCGCAUGAAUUCCCCUCAACGGCCCAGCAUUUUGUGCAACGGCAGUCCCAAUUCAUCAAAAAAAUAUUGGUUGAUCUACACUUUUCUAAAGAGGUUGUGGAAGACAGAGGGCAGGCCUUCCUACCAUUCCGAGAAUGGAAUGCGAAGGGAUUGUACGAUACCACGGGUAUUAUGUCGUGUGUACGUAGCCGGGGAAAAAUCAAAAUGCACCAUCCUCGACACAAGUUAUGUCACUUGAAAAACGCUUCACUUUCCAAACAAAUAAAAGCAGAUACGAGUGUUGAAUAUGGAAAAAGUAUGUGGAAAAAAACUGAAAAAUUAGAAAUGAAAGAAAUUAACGAAUGCAAAACAAACCAUUUUGCAACACAGGAACCUGGAUCAAGCCAAGAGAAAUCCCUAACUAUUGAUCUGGGUUUUUCUAAAGAGAACUCUGAUUGUGAUGACGAGACCAUGGUGAAGCAAAAGAAAACCGCAUCAGUUUGUGUUGUGAGUCGACAGAAAAACGAAAAAAACAUGGAGAGGUAUAAUCACAGGAGUCUGUUGACAGGGUCUGCCGAACGAAUUAAUGAAGGACGAAUGACAGAAGGAAACGUUUCGUCCUUUACAAACCAAGAAAAGUCUAAAACAUCAGAUAGUCAAACGCAUGAAAAGGAAAAAGAGACUUUACUUCCAGUCUAUUAUAAGAUCCCUAGCUACUUACCACAGCCAAAACAGGAGCAAGAAAUUGGCAGCCAUAACAAAACAGCAGAAUCAUUGUCUGUGAAACAUUAUGAACUGAAGCCGUCACUCAGACUACAGGAUCUGAUCAACCCACAGGUUGGAAAAUAUGUUCAUGCUACUGACAAUGCAUUUGAAGGGGAGCUUUAUUCAGGAACAAGUACAGUUAUUCACCAGAAAAAUGAAAAGAAUAUCAUUUACACAGAGUGCCACAAUAAGUAUAAAAAACAUCUUCAGGAAAUUCUUCCUAAACCAUACCACAAUUACAAUUUCACGGUUGAAGACGCAGGUAAUUCUCUACCACAACUACCUGAAAGAGGACCUAUUCGCUGGAUUGCCCUACCUACCUCUGUGAUAAAUGAGACUGAUAAAAGUUCACUACCACCAAUUGCCAAGACAUCUCAGGAUGGAGACAACGGAAGUCUGAAGGCCGAAGAUGCCCCACUGAAUGAGCUUCAGGUGCUGCGCAACAUACUAACUCAUUGGAUGGGAGCCUGGACGUUGAGUGUCAGUUGGAAGAAUGCCACACUGGAACGGUUGAAGAGGGAUCUCAGCAGCGUCCACAGUGCACAGAAAAUAUCAGCUUUGGUAACCUUUGCUUCAGCUGUCCUUAAUCGACCACGAGAUGAGUCAAGUUCCAAAAUGUUGGAGGCAGUCUCCGAUGUACCUGCAGACAUGCUUCCCCUCAUCUGGAAUGCACUAAAACAUGAAGAUAUUCUGGUGAGCAUGGCAGCGGCUCUGUGUCUGUUCUUUCUUCGGAAAUCAAGCGAAGAUGUGAGAAAGAUCUUCCUUUCAGUCCUGGAGAAUGGUAACGAUGCAGACACCUGGGCCGCUGUUCAGUGUUUGGCUCUGGAAGGAGACCACAGCUACUUGGUGGUAAAGAGAAUCCUCACUCAACUGUUUGAAGGGGGGAAAAGAGACACCACAAAGCAGGCUUGUUACCUACUGCGUCAACUCAGCAAGAACACAAAUAUAAUUCAUCAUAUGCUGGGGGGCGAAUUAAACAACUGCAAUUGGAGAGAUCGUAUUGUGGCUUGUAGUACGAUUGCUCAGCUCCAUGGAAGUGCCAGCCAGGAUUUGAGGAAUAAAUUAAACUAUCUGAUGUGGAGGGAUUGGAAUGUGCCAGUUCGAUGGGCGGCUGCCAAAGCCUUGGGGCAGAUGGGCCAAGGGAACAUGGUCCAUGAUCAAAUAAGGAGAUAUUUAGAAGGCGGAAACUGGAGAGCGAAAGUGGAAGCUCUUUCUCUGAUUGGAUGGCUCCGGUACAUGACAGCCCAGUUACUCCCUGGAUUCCUCCAGUGCUUUGCUGAUGACUAUGUGAAUGUUCGCCAGCAAGCUUGUCUUACGGCUGGUUUGCUUCAAAUUAAGGAUGAGAUGGUUUUAAACUCCCUCUAUAACCUAAUCCUGAAUGAUCCAAGCUGGAAAAUACAAACAUUUGCUAUCAAAGCUUUGGGCAAAAUCGGACAUGUGACCGCUCGUGUAAAAGAGAUUCUGCUGAGAUCCAUAAGAAGUGAUGUGCCAGCAGUGCGUAUAGAAGCCUGUCACUGUAUCGCCACUCUACGCCUGUGCGACACGGAUGUUCAGAGUGCACUACAGGAUCAGCUGGUCCUGGAAUCUCACGAACAUGUGAAAAGAGAGCUGAACCAAAUGCUGACUGCCUUCAACAUAAAGAAUGAAGGAAAUCAGCAAAUGAGGUCAUUGAUCCAACAGGAGAUGUCAAGGCUUUGCCAAGAGGAAGUGUUGAUUCCAAAGGUUUUGAAACUGGACGAGUCCCUGGAAGAAGGACCACAGAAGACUGGACUGCUAAUAGAGAAGACCCAGAUGGACCCAAAAGGUUUUAUAGAGUAACGCUGACAAAGCACCUUCUGGGAUUUUAUCAAAGGAUGUUUUGUACUAACGAGCCAAACCUUGUUGCAGUAAUGGGUUUUCUAACUUGAAUGACACAUGCACAUUUCUUCAAAAGCAAAAAGGAGAGAGAGUGUUUAAUUAAGGUUGUUUUUUUUUUUUAUGUGACAAAAAGUUGAGGUUGUCAAAUGUCAUUUUCUGCAUUUAACAGAUAUAUUCACUGUCAAAAAUCCUUGUAUCAUUGUCCUGACAUUUCAUCUGUAAUGAAGGAGUUAAAACUACUUUUAAGGGAAGAGUAAAAUCCAAUACAACAGAACAAGAGGCUCCUGAUUGUUGGAUAUUCCUCCAGAUUUAAAAGAGGUUUGCCACUUGCCUAGUCACUAGUCUUAGGUUCUAUUGUUAUGGCAUUUUAAUACUGUUUGCCAACUGUAGAGUUUCUAAAAAGGUAAGAAAGCAUGUCACAAUGGCUGACUCCCAGGCAAUCCAGCAAGAUGUCCUAGGUUGUCUUACCAAUUCUCCAAAAUGGCCACCUUUGUUCCACUUACUUCAAUUUCCUCUUGCUUUUUUCCCUUUUUGUUAUCAACACUGCUUUAAGUUAUUUUGCACUU